AUGAAGGAUCUAGGACCCUUGCGGUAUUUUCUUGAUAUUGAGGUAGCUCCUUCUCCCAAGGGCUACUUUCUAUCUCAGGCCAAGUAUGCCAAUGAGGUUAUUCACUGUGCCAGUCUUAUUGACACUAAGAUUUCUGAUACCCCCACUGAACUUAAUGUGAAGCUCAACACUACUGAUGGUGUCUUUCUGGAUGAUCCCACUUUAUAUCGUGAGCUUGUGGGUUGCUUAGUCUAUAUGACAGUUACUCAUCCUAAUCUUGCCUAUGAUGUUCAUGUGGUUAGCCAGUUUGUUUCUACUCCUCGCUCUAUGCAUUGGGCUGCUUUGGUUCGAAUUCCUCACUAUCUUCGCGAUACUAUCUUCCAAGGCUUGUUGUUAUCUUCUACUUCUCCCUUAGAGUUAGUGGCUUAUACUGAUGCUGAUUGGGUUGGUGAUGUUAUUGAUCGUAAAUCCACUUUUGGUUCUGUGAAAGGUUUAGGCUCUCUACAUUUUCAUAUACAUUACUCAUUGUUGAGAAAUGCUUUGACUUUUGGGUGUGGCCCUUUAGAGGUAUUGAAUGGGUUUAGACUUCUUUAG